UAUGAAAUUGAGUACAUAGGAAUCAAACAUAGGAAUCAAACAUAGGAAUUUUAUUUUUUUUUUUAUUUUUUUUGAUUUCUUAUUGAUUUGACUAACGAUUGUAUGAAAUUGAGUACAUAGGAAUCAAACAUAGGAAUUUUUUUUUUUUUUUAUUUUUUUUGAUUUCUUAUUGAUUUGACUAACGAUUGUUUUUUUUUUUUUGUUUUCUUAUUGAGUACAUAGGAAUCAUAAUCUUUGCUUAAUUGUUUUUUUUUUGUUCAUUCAUGAUGUAUUGUUGUUGAAUAUCUUAAACUUAUUUGUUGAUUAUGUUGGAAUAUGAUUAAUCUUUGUAGCUAAAGUAUGUAUUCUAUAUUUUUUUUUUGUUAUUAGCAAUGGGAGAUAAACAUACAUGGACCAAUGAGCAAACAAAAUGCUUAUUGCAAACUUGUAUUGAAGAAGUGCAAACCGUGGGUAGAAAAGGUUUGAGUUUGCACAAACAAUCAUGGCACAAGUUAGGAACAACUAUUAAGGAAAAGUAUGGCGUGGAUUUGAAUCAACGACAAUUAAAAAACGCCUAUGAUAACCUUAAAGCCAAAUACACAGGAUGGUUAUACUUAAGAAACAAAACUGGAAACCUUUACAACCCACAAACAAAUACUUUUAACUUAACAAAUGAGGAGUGGGAGGACUUUAAAAAGGGACAUCCGAAAGCUGCUUCUUUGAAAACCGUCCCAUUAUUGUUUCCAGAGCUUUGUGCAGAACUCUUUGAUGGAAGCAGUGCAUCUGGUAAUCUCAGCUAUGCCACAUCCCAAACACCAUCGGGAUCAUCUUCUUUCCAUGGCGCACCAUUACAGCUUUUGGACGCGCCUUCCAUUAACAUAGAUGAAGAUGAUUUUUUUUCCAAUCAUACAAGUGAACAUUUUACUCAGACUCCACCUUCUGCUGCUUCACCUUCUGCUGAUUCACCUUAUGUUGCUUCACCUUCUGGUAACCCCAACAAAAGGGCUAAACCUUCAACUCCUAGACCUCGAGCUCCCAGUGCCUCACCUGAUCCACCUUCUUGUGCCUCGCCUAAAGCUUCUAUUACUGCUGAUGAUUUAGCACUGGAGAUGCAAAAAGCUCUACGCCAUUUGACUCAAGGGCCAACAAUUCCCCAGUGUUUAGAGAAGCUUGAGUUGCUCGAGUUAGACCCAAUAGACCCUAUACGAUUUGCUGCGUAUCACAUUUUUGGAGGGACCAUGAAUAUUAGAGAGAUGUGGGUAAAUUUGCCUAAUGAUCCACAAAUAUUAAGAGGAUGGAUCGAGAUGACAGCUACAAGUUUAGGAGUUUUAAAGGAUGGAAAGAUUGUUCGUUAAGUUUAUAUGUUAUUUGGUUAUUUGCUACUUGGGAUUUAUGAUAUGUUUUGGUACUUGAAUGUUAUUUUGUUAUUUGGUACUUGAAUGUUAUUUGGUUAUUUGCUACUUGGGAUUUAUGAUAUGUUUUUUG